UUUACCACUGUGAGGUGCUGUGAACCUGCACUGUGUGGCUGUAGCUCAGUCUCCCCAACUUUCUUCCAGGGUGAACCCAUCAGAGUCCUGGUGACCGGAGCUGCCGGGCAGAUUGCUUACUCCCUGCUCUACAGCAUCGCCAAGGGAGAUGUCUUUGGCAAAGAGCAGCCUCUUGUACUUGUGCUGCUGGAUAUCACCCCUAUGAUGACUGUUUUGGAAGGCGUAGUGAUGGAGCUGCAAGACUGUGCCCUGCCACUGCUGAGAGAGGUCAUUCCAACAGACAAGGAGGAAGUUGCAUUCAAGGACCUUGACAUAGCAAUUCUGGUUGGCUCCAUGCCAAGGAGAGAAGGCAUGGAGAGGAAAGAUUUACUCAAAGCAAAUGUGAAAAUUUUCAAGUCUCAGGGUGCAGCUUUGGACAAAUAUGCCAAAAAGACUGUCAAGGUGGUGGUAGUUGGGAAUCCAGCAAAUACUAACUGUUUGAUUGCAUCAAAGUCAGCCCCGUCGAUACCAAAGGAAAACUUCAGCUGCUUGACUCGCUUGGAUCACAACAGAGCUAAAUCUCAGAUUGCUCUGAAGCUUGGUGUGACUUCUAACGAUGUGAAGAAUGUCAUCAUCUGGGGCAACCACUCCUCCACUCAAUAUCCAGAUGUUAACCAUGCAAAGGUGAAUGUGAAAGGAAAGGAAGUUGGAGUUUAUGAAGCUAUAAAAGAUGACAGCUGGCUGAAGGGAGACUUUAUCCUGACUGUUCAGCAACGUGGAGCAGCUGUUAUUAAGGCUAGGAAGCUGUCCAGUGCAAUGUCAGCUGCCAAAGCAAUCUGUGAUCAUGUGAGAGACAUCUGGUUUGGCACUCCAGCGGGAGAAUUUGUUUCCAUGGGAGUCAUUUCUGAUGGCAAUUCUUAUGGUGUUCCUGAAGACUUGCUAUAUUCAUUCCCUGUUGUGAUCAAGGACAAGACCUGGAAGUUUGUUGAGGGUCUUCCUAUUAAUGACUUUUCUCGUGAGAAGAUGGAUCUGACUGCUAAGGAGUUAACUGAAGAGAAGGAGACAGCUGUGGAAUUCCUCUCCAGUGCAUGACUAGAUGAUCCAGAAAUGCAAAGCCAUUUGAGAGUGGAAGAAUCUAAAAGUCGUCUCUAAGUGUGCAACCAACCACCAUUACUGUAUUCAAGUCAACUGUCUGUGGCAAUUGUGCAUUUUGAAGUUCAUAUGCUUACUGGUACUACUGGGCCUAUUGAGUUAUUAGCAGAAAGAUUAUUAAAUAAGUAGUUUGUUGACCAAACUUUAUCUGUUGAAUACUAGUUGCUUUCUGUGUAUGAUACAGAAUAAUUGCAUAAUUGUUUGCCUAUGCCUUGGCUACUAACGCACAAUUUCAGUUUUGAUUAGAAUUUGGCACUGUUGGAACACGUCCUGAUCUGUUAUCACUUCAACAUCCAGUGGUUUGGCUGAGAAGGAAAUUAAAAUGCCAGUAGUUCUCCUUGAACUAGCCGUUCAGUGACUCCGGUCUAUCCGUGGAUAGGCUCCAGAUAUAUGCUGUUCACUCUGGUCUUGCUUACAAUGUUUAUCAAUAGAAAUAUUAAAAGAUGCUUGAUCACAAAAUG